AUGCAAUUAAAAAACAAUUUUUACCUUUCAGAAAAAAAAGACAACGAAAAAUUGGUUAAUAAGAAUACACAUUUAGAUAAUUCAAUAAUAAAAAAAAUCUAUACUUUUUAUAAAAAUAAAGAUGAGAAAGUGGUAGAUAAUUUUGAUUGGACGUUAGAAAUUCUGAAUAACCUUUAUAAUGUCGAAUUACCAAUAUUAUAUAAAAUGUUUGAUAUAAAUAGUAUUUGUGUAUCUUUAAAGUUGAAAUUGAAAAUAAAAAAUAAUAAUGAGGCAUCAAAUAAAAAUUAUUUUUUAUAUUUCGAUAUAAAUCCUGGAGGAAUCAUGUCCAAAAAUCAAGAAAAAAUUUAUUAUGAGUAUAAAUUUAUUAGGGAUAAAAAUGACGACACUUUGGAAAAGAUGCCAAGGGAACAAAAAAUGAAAUAUUUUUCUUCUCUGUCGUAUAAGUUGGCUGGGAAAGUCAUAGAGUAUAAAGAAUCAAAGUAUAAAUUGAUAAACGUGUUACAGUCAGCUAUUUACGGGAGUGUGUAUUUAUCAGAAGUUGUUGAAGGUGGUGGGAAUGGUUUAUCAAAGAGAUAUAAGGCUAUAAAAAUAUUGUCUAAGCAUCUGAUUGAGAUGGCUAAAGAUAAAGUACAAGAGGACCCAUUAUCUGAAUAUUAUUAUAGAGAUAGUAUGAGUGGUCAUAGUAAUAUAUUAAGUUGUGAUAACAUAUUUGAUGACAAUUUAUAUAUAUAUAUGGUAAUGCCUUUUGCUGUACAUGGGGAUUUAUUUGAGGUUAUGAAAAAUAGGAAUAAGUGUUUUAAUGAAGAAGAAGCAAGGUAUUUAUUUCAUCAGAUAUUAUUAGCGAUAAAAUUUUUACAUUCGAAAAAAAUGGCUUUACGCGAUAUAUCUUUAGAAAAUAUCCUUUUAUUUGAGAAUGAGAAAAAUGGAUUAAUAUAUCCAGUUUUAAAUGAUCCUGGACAAGCAAUAUAUUUUAAUGUGAAUAAAAGAAAUAAUGUAAUAUUAGAAGAUUAUAAAAAAAUGUUUGGUAAAAUAUUUAGACCUCCUGAAAUAUAUAUGAAAUGUAAAUAUGAUCCAACAAAGGUAGAUAUAUUUUGUGUUGGAUAUAUUCUUUAUUUUUGUUUAACAAAACAUGAACUUUUUAAAUGUUCUUUAGACAAAGAUAUUUAUUGGAAAAUGUUUAAAAAUAAAAAUUAUAAACAAUUAUUAAAAGAAAAAAAAGGAUUACAUUUAUCAAAACAAGUUAUUGAUUUAAUUUUUAAUUGUUUACAUCCAAAUUUCAAUAUAAGGUAUAAUAUAAAUGAAGCUCUUAAUCAUGAUUGGUUCAAAGGAAAUAUAUUUCCUAUACACAAUUUUAAUUUAUAUAUAAACAAAGAUAAUAAUAACAAAAAUAACACAUCUAAUAAUAAAACGAAUAACAAUAAUAUGUGUAAUAAUAAUGAUGAAGACAAAGGAAAAAAUUUAUGUUCUUUCAAACUUUCUCUUCAAAUAGAAAAAUAUGCGAAAAAAAAUAAUAUCCCUAUAUAUCAUGAUUCCAUUAUACAAUUUUAUAUUUAUGAGCAUGUAUUUGUCUCUUCCUCUGAUAAUUCAUUAAAUCAAAAGAAUCGAUUACCAAAUAAAAUAUAUCCUUUUCAUAAUAAAAUAGAUAUAGUAUAUAAAGAAAAUGAUGGAGAUGAUUAUAAAAAGAAUACUUUGUUAUAUAAAAAUAUGCAUGUGCCACUGAAUUUAACACGUAUUAAUGGUAACAACAGUGGACAGCCACCUUGUAAUGUUCCCAAGUUUGAAGAGCCGAAAAAAAAAUUUAAUAAUAAUAAUAAUAAUAAUAAUAAAAAUAAAAGUAAUAACAAUAACAAUAAUAAUAACAAUAAUAAUAACAAUAAUAAUAAUAAUAACAAUUUGGAUAACAUAAAAAAUAAAAAUGCUGUUUUCAUUGAAAAGGUAAAACAAAAUAAUGUUCAGGAUAAUAUAUCUAUGAAACCACAUAAUGGAAAUGUUGCCAAAAGGGAAUGUAUACAUAUGAAUAAAGGACGUUUUGUUCGAGGCGGUGCUUACACAAAAGUGUGUGAGAGAAAUACCGAACGUGUUAAAAGGAAUAAUUAUUGUGGUAAAAUGUACUUAGAUGAGGGAGAUAUUUACAACCGUUUAUGUAAUGAUAAUAAAAAAGGAGAAUGUGAUCCUAGGCAUAUAGAAGAUGAUAAAAAAAAUAAAGUUCAUGAUAAAGUGAUUAAUAAUAUGUGUUAUGGAUUGAUGAACUCUAAUGAUGAUCUUAACGAAACGUUCAAAACGAAUAUUCUCAACAGUUAUCAAAAAGGUAUUUACAAGUUGAUAGAACUAAGAACAAAUGAAAAGAAAAUAAAAAAUUUGGAUAUAACAUCUGAUGUGAAUACAAAGGAUACAUCUCUGAAUGUUUUGUUAACUAAAGAAAUGGUAAAUAAGAAAAAGGAAGGUCCUCCUUUUUUCAAUAAUAAAGGAGAGAUGUGCUUGGAAAAUCAUGAAGAUAUGGUAGACAUUUUUGGAGAAGGUAAAAUGAAAGGAAUUAAAAAUGUGGUGGAUACAUAUGACAAGCACAAUAAUGAUAAUAAUAAUAAUAAUGAUAGUAGUAGUAGUAAUAAAUGUUGUAAUAAUUGUUGUAGUAGUAGUUAUGAUAAGGGGAAAGAAAAAAAGAAACAAACGACAGAGAUCAAUAUUUUGAUAAACAGUAUGUGUGACAUAAAUAACUACACACAUACAAAUACACAUUCUGUAAUUAUAAAAGAAGAUUAUGAUAAAAUACAACAAAAUAAGAUAUCUUCAAAAAAUGAUACCUUCAAUGAAUAUUCAUCAUUUGUAUUUAGUUUAAAUAUGAACACGCAAAUAUUGAAAAACAAAUUACUAGAGAUGAAAAAAAAAAAUGAUUUAGAUAUGUACGGGUGUAACGAAAUAUUGAAGGGUGAAAAUGAGAUUGGUAUGGACCCUUUAAUGAAAAUUGAUCAGACGAAUAAAAUUGUUAGUAAGGUGGACGGUAGUAAUUUUAAUAAGGUAGAUGGUAUUAAUUUUAAUAAGACAGAUGGUAGUAAUUUUAAUAAGAUAGAUGGUAUUAAUUUUAAUAAGACAGAUGGUAUUAAUUUUAAUAAGACAGAUGGUAUUAAUUUUAAUAAGACAGAUGGUAUUAAUUUUAAUAAGGUAGAUGAUAAUAUUUUCAAUAAAAUAAAAGAUGAGGUAGAAAAAUAUGUAGAUCCUUUGCCGUCACAUAUAAGAACAGAUGACAUGAGAAAAAAAAAGUCGGAAUUAUUAUUAUCCAAAGACGGUUCUAUAAUUAUAUCGAAUUUGGAUACUUCACAUUUUGAAAUAAAUCUGUCUCGGAGCGAGAUACAGAAUGAAAUGUGUAAGGAAAAUAGUUUUGUUAAAUGUCAACUGGAAAAUAAACUAAUUUUAGAAUUAGAAAAAGAAAUAAAAGACGAAGAAAAAAAUCUGCAAAAUGAACUAGAGAGAAGUAACUGGUCUAUAGAUAUAGAAGAUCUUGAUAAAGAUUUAAUAAUUAAUAAAGAAAGUAGAGAUAUUAAAUAUAAACAUUGGAUAGAUAUAAAUAAAGAUAACUAUAUGAUGAUAUAUCAAGAUAACAAAUGUGGGAGACGAAAAAAAAUGAUAUCACAAAAUAAACUACUUAUAAAAAAGAAAAGGAUAAAAAUGAGAAAUCAUGAGAAAAAAAGAAAAAUUCGUUUUUUUUUUAAAUUAUAUAAAAGAAAUGAUACACAUAAAAAAUUAAGGCCCAUACGGUUUGUACGACAUGUAGAUGUGAAGUUGGAUAAUCUGAAUGAUAAGACUGUCAUGUUAAAAAAUGAAAUAAGGGAUGUGAAAGGAGAGGAUAAAGGAGAGGAUGUAUAUUUUGAUUUUUUAAAUAAAGAUAAUAAUAUGGGAAAUAUGGAAAAUAAGAAAAAUGUAAAAAAUGUGAAAAAUGUAAAAAAUGUGAAUAAUGUGAAAGAUGUCAAAAAUGUGAAUAAUGUCAAAAAUGUGAAUAAUGUGAAUAAUGUGAAUAAUGUGAAAGAUGUGAAAAAUAUGGAACAUAUCGAUAAAUAUAAUAAAAAAGAGGUGAUGAUAAAAAAAAAAGGAGAAUCGAAUAAUGUACCGCACAAAGAGAAACACAAUAAUAAAAAGAAUUAUUGUAAUUAUGAUUUGGGAAUGCAUUCAUUACAAAAUAGACAUACUAUUACAUCAGAAGUAUCAUCCAAAUUUUUAUGUAAAAACAUGAAAAAUUAUUUUGAUAAGUCUAAUAAUUCAAUUGAAAUACACAAAAUAAGCGCUUCUAAUAUUUUUAGACAUACGAUGUGUGUGGCAAGCAAUAUAAAAGGUGAAAAUAAAAAUAAUGGAAAUAAUAUUAAUUAUAAAGGACCAGCUACCAAAGCGUUAGUUAAUAAAUUGUUUAUAUCAAAAAAGGAGAGUAAGAGAGCUAUUACAUCAUCCAAAAAAAGGGAUGAUGAUAAUAUAAAUGUGAUAAAAAAAAUUAAUACACCAUCCCAAAAAGUAAGUGAAAAAAGAAACAACAACAAUAAUAAUAAUAAUGUACUAGGAGACAAGAACAAAAAUAAAAAUAACGAUGAACUAUUCACAAAGGAGAUUAAGAAAAGUACUAUUUCUAAACAAAAAAAAGGGAAGAAUGAAGGAAACACAAAAACGCAUAAAGAUAAUAUUAACAUAUUGAAUGAAGACGUAGACCAUUUCAAACAACCAAGUUUACGUUUGGAAGUUACCAAAAAAAAUAAUAAAAAUAAUAAAAAUAAUAAAAAUAAUAAAAAAUUUAAUGAUAAUUAUAAUAAUAAUCAUAAUAAUAAUAAUAGUAAUGAUUUCGAAGAAUAUAAAGAGGAACAUAUUGCCACUAAUGAAAUUGUUCGAGAAUCAGAAAGUGAUUUGUAUGUUAGUUGUGAUGAGGGGUGUUAUAAAAAUGGAGAUAUAUACAAUAUGGAAAUUAUAAACAAUGUGGAUAAUAUACACAAGAUAGAUAAAAAGGGUAAUGAUAUAGAUUAUAAGGAUAAAUCAUUGGAAAAUAAUAAAAAAAAACAGAUGAAAGGUCUCAUCAAAAUAUUACCCUCGUCAUAUACAGAAAAGGAAAAAGAAAAAGAAAAGGAAAAAGAAAGAAAAAAAAAAAAAAAUAUAUAUAUACCAUUAACAAUAGCAAGUAGGAAGACAGUAGCAUAUCCAAUCAACGAUACGACAAAGGAUGUCAAAAAUAAGUUACAUACUUUAAAAAGAAAUACAUGUGUAACAUAUUGUAAUGUGGAUAAUAUACAGAAUAAAAAAAAAAAAGGAGACGAUAAAAAAAACAUCAAGAGGGAUCAACAUGUAGGGCUAGAAAAGUUUCUUGAUGAAAUGUCGGCAAUGUUUGAAAAAAAAAAAAAAAUUAAAAAGGAUGAUAUAAAUAAAAAGGAAGAUAUAAAUAAAAAGGAUGACAUAAAUAAAAAGGAUAACAUAAAUAAAAAGAAUGAUAUAAAUAAAAAGGACGAUAUAAAUAAAAAGGACGAUAUAAAUAAAAAGGGUGACAUAAAUAAAAAGGACGAUAUAAAUAAAAAAAAUAAUUACAAUAAUAAUAGUAAUAAUAACAAUGUUGUGAAAAAAUUCUCAAAGACACAUCAAAAUGAAGAAAAGAUUAAGGGAAAUAUUACUGUUAUAAGAAACAAGUUAAAGGACAAAGGUAAAAAGGAAAAUAUCGGAUUAAAAAAAAAAAAAAUAGAAAGGAAAAACACAACAACAAUUGCUACAAAGAAACAUGAUAAUAUUAUAGAUAUAAAGAAAAAGAAUGAAAAAGAAAAUAAAAUGAUAAAGAAUUCCAAAUUUCAAUGUUUAAAAAACAAGGGAACGCAAAUAGAAAAUAAAAAGAAUAUGAUUAUUUCCGGAGGGAAAAAAACUAAUCAAUUAGUAAGGAUGAAAAAUAGCAAGCAUCAAAAUAAAGUGGAAUAUAAUUUAAAUAAUAUUUCAAAAGAAUUAGAAAAAAAGAAAAUAUACAUGCGUUAUUUUAAAAAGGGUAUAAAGGAUAAGAUAGAAAAUAUGGGCAAUCUAAAAGUUUCUAGAGAUAUGAAAAAAAAGAAAAAGAGCGAUCUUAUAAAAAAUAAGGAGGGAGGAUUAUUGUAUGAAUGGUAUAAUAAGUAUAUAUAUAAUGGGGACGGAAAAGAAAAGUUAAAAAUGGAUGAUUCGAAAAAUUACAAGGAUAAUAUAUGUGAUAAAAAUAAAAACAAUAUGUGUGAUAAAAGUAAAAACAAUAUGUGUGAUAAAAAUAAAAACAAUAUGUGUGAUGAUAAUAAAAACAAUAUGUGUGAUAAAAGUAAAAACAAUAUGUGUGAUGAUAAUAAAAAGGAAAUCGAAAUAGUAAAUAUAAUUCAUACAAGUAAUGCUAGACAAAAUUAUAAUAAAACUAACGAAAAGAUAAAAAAUAUAUCAAGGGAAUAUAUGACAGAAUCAUAUGGAGAUAUAUCUACUCCUUUGAAAAAAAAUGUAAAUGUAAAUGUAAAUAAAGAUAUACAUAUAAUAAAUGAUAAACACGAAAGGAUAUGUACCAAAAAUAACAACCCAAAUCUACAUAUUUGUCAGCCCACUAAUGAUCAGGAUGGGGAUAAAAAAAAAAAUAUAGUUAAAUUUAAAAGUGUAGAGAAUAGAACUCCUCAUACAUAUUUACUAUUUAAAAAUGAUGAGAACAAAGCAUAUUUAGAAAUGGUAAAGAGUGUUAAUUAUAUGAAUAAAAAGAAAGGAGCACAACAUAAUAUUACAAACAAGAUAGAUGUUGAGAAUAGCUCUCCUGUUCAUGUGCCACCUCAUAAUAUAGGAUACAAAAAAGUAGAUUAUAAUGAAGGAGAAAAUAUAAAAGUAUCAUCACAAAAACAAAUAAAUAAUAAUAAUAAUAAUAAUAAUAAUAAUUAUAAUAAUAAUAAUAAUAAUAAUUAUAAUAAAAAUAAUUAUAAUAAAAAUAAUUAUAAUAAUAAUUAUUAUGAUUAUCCUAGCUUAUAUAUUAACAAUCCAGUUGAUUCUUUAAAUCAUUCUAAAGGGGUUCAGAAAAAAAAUGAUGAUACGGAUAAGAACAAUAUAACGUCAGCUUGUGAAAAUGAGGAAAAUAAAAAGUCCUCAUGUUUAAUAAAUAAUAAAACAUUAUAUUUUAUAUAUCCACCAAAAAACAGGUCGUCAUGUUAUGGAAAGACGUAUGAUUAUAUUAAUCAUAUAAAAUGUGAGGGGGGAAAUAAAAAUAAAAGUAAAAAUAAUGAUAUUAAAAGGUAUAUUAAUUUUACACAUUUAACAAAAGAACAGGAUAUUACGAACAAGUGUGUUGAGAAAAAUAGAAUGGAUGAUAUAUAUAGAAAUGAUGACAGGAAAUAUAUGAAGUCUUUACAUUUUUAUAAUAAUUAUUUAAAUACUACACGUGGUACAUAUGUUGCACAUCCCUAUUAUUAUAAUAACAUGAGAAGUAAUAAUAAAACACAGUGUUCUGAACAAAAAAAUAAAGGAAUAGCAGUCGGAAGGGAAGAUAAUAAAAAGAAUACUAAUUCUAUAAACUUCAUACUAGAUCCUUAUUUUUUUAAAAAAAUAAAAUAA